AUGUCCGCCCAUGCACAGCCUUCGCCGCCUGGAGGUAUCCAUCCCCACCAUGGUCCCCUCCCUGCCCAUCCCCAGGUCAACGGCCAUGUGCCCAUUCAGGGCCAGCAGCAGCAGCAGCAGCAGCAACAACAACAGCAGCAACAGCAGCAACAGCAGCAACAACAGCAGCAACAGCAGCAGCAACAACAACAGCCGCCCCAACAGCAGCCGCAGCAGCCGCCUCAGAAACCCAUUCCAAGCCCCGUCGCGCAGAAAAUUGCUAUGCUUAAUGAGGGAGUGUGGUUGCAGAUUGGAAGUUUAUCCGAAUUGAUGGGUGAUCUGGACGGCGCUAUGAGCGCAUACGAGCAGGCCCUUAGACAUAACCAGUGGUCCAUACCCGCUAUGAGUGCCAUCUCUUGCAUAUUGCGCACGAGGGAACAGUUUCAAAAGGCCAUUGAGUAUCUGCAGACUAUUAUCAAGCUGGAUCCCACCAGUGGGGAGUCUUGGGGAAGUCUAGGACACUGCCAUCUUAUGAUUGACAACCUGCAAGAGGCAUAUACUUCCUAUCAACAGGCGCUGUAUCAUCUCAGGGAUCCCCAGGAACCGAAACUAUGGUAUGGAAUCGGCAUUCUGUACGAUCGAUAUGGCUCCCUUGACCACGCGGAGGAGGCGUUUUCUCAGGUCAUGCGCAUGCAACCUGAUUUUGAGAAGGCAAACGAGAUCUACUUCAGACUUGGCAUAAUAUACAAGCAGCAGCAGAAAUUCAACCAGAGUUUAGAGUGCUUCAAAUAUAUCGUCACAGACCCCCCCCGUCCCCUCACCGAGGAAGAUAUCUGGUUCCAGAUCGGCCAUGUCCAUGAACAACAGAAAGACUACGACUCCGCCAAAGCUGCUUACAGACGGGUACUGGACCGGGAUCCCAAUCACGCAAAGGUAUUACAACAGGUAUUACAACAGCUCGGAUGGCUCCACCACCAGCAGAGCAAUAGUUAUAGCAGCCAGGAACAAGCCAUCGAAUACCUAGAGAAGUCUGUCAAAGCAGAUAACGGCGACGCUCAGAGCUGGUAUCUUCUUGGACGGUGCUACAUGUCCCAAGCGAAAUAUCCCAAAGCAUAUGAGGCUUAUCAGCAAGCGGUCUACCGUGAUGGACGGAACCCUACAUUCUGGUGCUCGAUCGGUGUGCUGUACUAUCAAAUCAACCAAUAUCGUGAUGCGCUUGAUGCUUAUUCCCGAGCUAUCCGUUUGAACCCUUAUAUUUCUGAAGUAUGGUAUGAUUUAGGAACCUUGAUGCCGUGGAUGCUUUAUCGAUCGGCCCCGGGACCUAGACCCGACUGA